CUAGUGCUGAUAUAUUCUUAUGAUCUUGUUCAGUGAAAAGUGUUCAACUCAAAUGUUUGGAAAUUAUUUCGUUUAUCACCACAAAUGUUGCAUUAUCUCUCUUUUGGGUAUGAGUGCCAUGGCCUAUUCACCUUUCUAGAUUGAACCAUGUGUGAUCAAGAUUAUAGGCAUUUCAGUAUACAUUUCCUGCACUUCUCUCUAAAGCAGGCUGGCGGUGUCGUUGUAGCCACGCAUUCUUUUGAUAACAUGUGAUGACUACACAAAACUGCCAAACUUUUCUUGUUUUAUACAAAUUGUUUGUAAUGCUAGCUGCUGCUUUGAUCUUUUUCCUUUUCACAUAAAGCUCUUGACUUUGUGGGUUUUAUAUGUUAUUUAAGAGAACACCUCUUCUGCAACUUCGUCAUAGAAACAAACAAACACAGAAGCUUUCCCAGUUCAAAGUUCAAUGAAAAUGGUUGCACCUGUGACUGACUUUCAUGUCGUCAUGUUCCCUCUAAUGGCUCAAGGCCAUAUGGUACCCAUGGUGGAUAUUGCCCGAAUACUAGCCCUUCGUGGGGCCAUGGUGACAAUAUUCACCACUCCUCUUGUUGCCAAUCGAUUUAGACAAGUUAUCGAACGAGCAAACGAAUCCAAGCUCAUGAUCAAGCUACUUGAACUCCACCUCCAAUUAGCAGAAGUCGGUUUACCCGAAGGAUGCGAGAGCUUUGACACACUUCCCUCGUUUGAGUCUUCCAAUAAACUAUUCGCAGCUAUCAACUUGUUAGAACAACCAGCGGAAAAUCUUCUCCGGGAACUUUCUCCUCCUCCAUCUUGCAUAAUCUCAGACUUUUGUUUUCCCUGGACCGGAGACGUGGCUCAGAGGCUUAACAUUCCUCGGCUCGUGUUCCAUGGACCCGGAUGCUUCUGGCUCCUGUCCAUGCACGUUGUCUUAACUUCUAAAAUGUUAGACACGAUUGAAUCGAACUCAGAACGCUUUGUUCUGAGUGGCCUCCCUGACCGAGUUGAGUUCACUAAACCUCAGCUUACUGGUUCCUUCAAAGCCAGGACAGCAGACCAAAUGGAGUUCUGGAGUCGUGCUGCAGCAGCGGAAAAAACAGCUUACGGGAUCGUGGUUCACACUUUCGAGGAGUUAGAACCUGAGUACGUUAAGGAAUUAAAAAAGGUAAAAGAUACCAAAAUAUGGUGUAUAGGCCCUGUUUCUCUAUGUAACAAAGAUAACUCGGAUAUAGCAGAGAGAGGAAACAAGGCUACGAUCAACGAGCAUGACUGCUUGAAAUGGCUUGAUGCAAGGGAACCCGGGUCAGUGGUCUACGUUUGCUUGGGAAGUCUUACACGUGCUUCUACACAACAGUCGAUCGAGCUUGGGCUAGGACUAGAGUCCACGAACAAGCCCUUCAUAUGGUGCGUAAGAGACAAAACCGAAGAACUGGAGAAAUGGUUUUCAGAAGAAGGUUUCGAAGAAAGGGUGAGCGACCGAGGGUUGAUAGUCCAUGGUUGGGCACCACAAGUGUUGAUAUUGUCACAUCGAGCAGUUGGUGGUUUCUUGACACACUGUGGAUGGAAUUCUACUCUCGAAGCAGUCUGUGCAGGUGUGCAAAUGGUUACAUGGCCGCAUUUUGCUGACCAGUUUAUUAACGAAGCAUUCAUCGUAGAGAUUCUGAAGAUUGGGGUCAGGAUUGGUGUGGAUAUUCCUGUUCCUUUCGGGGAAGAAGAUAAGAUGGAAGUGUUGGUGAAGAAGGAAGACGUGAAGAGGGCUGUGGAAUGUUUAAUGGAUGAAGGCGAAGAAGGAAAAGAGAGAAGGAAGAGGGUGAGUGAGCUUGCGGAAAUGGCGAAGAGAGCAAUGGAGGAAGGAGGAUCUUCUUAUCUCAACGUAUCAUCUUUGGUUCAGCAUCUAACAGAUAUGCAACUCAAAACCAGAUGAAGAAAGUAGAAAACUAUUACUCCAAACAUAUUUUUAUGUCUUGGUGUAUGAUAUCUUUAUUUAUAGAUUGUUACGUAUCAAUAAGUGGCUGUUAAAAAAAAAGAAGAUUGUUAGGUAUCAGUUGAAAUUUUGUGGGGGUGAAUUUCAUAGAUUUAAUUGACGAGGCAAAUCAGUUACAUGUCCAAGUUUAUUUUUUUAUAGUAUCUGUAGAGUAAAUUAUAGAAAUGGUUUCUGUCCUUAUUAAAACUUUAUGCAUCUUGUCCCACUUUAUUUA